CUAGGUGGAGGCCAACUUGGUCGAAUGCUUGUGGCCGCCGCAUCUCUUCUCAAUGUCAACGUCGUUAUCCUCGACUCUGGCGACCAUGGCCCUGCCAAACAAAUCCUCUCUGCCACUGACCCAUCACGGUCGCAUAUAAACGGCUCUUUUUCUGACCCAGAAAAGAUCAGGGAGCUUGCCUCGAAGGUGGCCGUAUUGACAGUGGAGAUCGAGCAUGUCGAUGCAGAGGUGUUGGAGGAGGUCCAGAAAACGCAGAAGGUGGAAGUACAUCCUAGUCCAUCGACCAUCCGUAUCAUCCAGAACAAGUUCCGUCAAAAGGAGCAUCUACAACAACACGGAACCCCCGUCGCCGAAUCGAUAUCCGUCGAUUCCACAAUCGAGUCCGUUACCUCUGCCGCACGGAGCCUCGGGCUCCCUCUGAUGCUGAAAAGCAAGACAUUGGCAUAUGAUGGCCGGGGAAAUUUUGUCCUUCGCGAACUCUCACAAGCACAGGAAGCGAUAUCAUUUUUGGGCGACAGGCCUCUGUACGCAGAACGAUGGGUACCGUUUACGAAGGAGAUCGCCGUAAUGGUUGUUCGGACUACAAGUGGCGAUGUCGUUUCGUACCCCGUUGUCGAAACUGUCCACAAAAAUAACAUCUGUCACCUUGUCUUCGCCCCACUCCGUACCCGCGACUCCACUCUCUUUGCCCGAGCGAAAACGGUCGCAGAGACUGCUGUCAAAUCUUUGAGUGGCGCAGGGGUAUUCGGUGUCGAAAUGUUCCUCCUUGAAGAUGGGCAAAUCAUUGUGAACGAAAUCGCGCCUCGACCACACAACUCGGGUCACUAUACCAUCGAAGCCUGCGAAACAUCACAAUACGAGAAUCAUCUCCGGGCCAUCCUCUCCCUUCCUCUGGGUUCCACCUCCCUCAAAGUUCCUUCCACCGCAAUGCUCAAUCUCCUCGGUACAUCAUCGUCCAUGCCCGAGCUCACCAACUUUGCCUCCACGGCUCUGACCAUUCCCGGUGCCAGCGUUCAUCUCUACGGGAAGUCGGAGUGCCGCGUAGGCAGGAAAAUGGGCCACAUCACCAUCGUCGCGGAGUCCGACGCACAAUUGCGCGACAGGCUGCGCCCACUCCUUCAGGCUCUUCCAGGCUCCGACGCGCCGUCUGACGUUCAGCGGUACGCCCCUCCACCACCUGCACCCGGUACAGGCUUUUCGCACCAACAUCCUCUCGUUGGUGUCAUCAUGGGCUCGGACUCAGACCUUCCUGUUAUGCUUCCCGCCGCGCGUAUUCUUGAUCGGUUCGGGAUCCCUUACGAGCUCACGAUUGUUUCGGCGCACCGUACCCCGGAUAGGUUGGUUGAGUACUCCAGAUCGGCGGCGUCGAGGGGCCUUAGAACCAUCAUCGCUGGCGCGGGCGGCGCGGCGCACUUGCCAGGAAUGGUCGCUGCCAUGACCGCGUUGCCAGUCAUUGGAGUACCGGUGAAAGGAAGUUCAUUGGACGGUGUCGAUUCGCUACACAGCAUUGUGCAGAUGCCGAGAGGCAUUCCCGUUGCCACUGUGGCGAUCAACAACGGGAUGAACGCGGGAUUGCUCGCAGUGCGCAUUCUUUCCGCUGGCAUACCUAGUCUCGUUGGAGAGAUGGAGGCCUACCUGAAUGGGUUGGAGAGCGAAGUUUUGACGAAGGUAGACAGACUCGAAGAAGUCGGUUGGGAGAAGUACGAGGUGAAGCGCUCGUAG